AUGGCAGCAUCAGAAGCAUUCCAAAAGCAUCAGGUUGUGCCUGACGUCGUUUCGAAGGGACCGUCGAAGCUUGUCAAAGCGGUCUUCGAUAGCGGUGUUGAGGUGAAUUGUGGUAAUGUAUUAACACCAACACAAGUCAAAAAUCCUCCAAAGGUUUCUUGGGAUGCUGAGGCUGGUCAACUUUACACGCUCAUUAUGACCGAUCCUGACGCACCGUCACGUAAAGACCCUAAAUUCCGUGAAUGGCAUCAUUGGUUGAUCACGAAUAUUCCGGGUAAUGAUAUCAGCAAAGGGGAAGUGCUGUCUGAAUUCAUCUCGUCUGCACCACCUCCAGAUACUGGAUUGCACCGUUACAUCUUCUUGGUUUACAAGCAGUCUGGUAAGGUCAGUGACCCAGCGCACGGUCAUCUACCCGGUAACUCUGGUGAUAAGCGCGGUGGAUUCAAAGCGGCCGAAUUUGCGAAGAAACACAAUCUCGGUGAUCCAGUGGCCGGCAAUCUUUAUCAAGUUCGUUUUUUUGCACAUCACUAUUUUCGCAUAUUAGAAUGAAUAUUUUCGAAGCUUGGUCAAAUCCGUAUGUGAAAUUCGAGUAAACGGAUAUUUAGUGUGUAUUUGUGAGACGAAAAGUAUAUUCAUUCUCAAUUUUUUUAAUUUGACGAAAAAGAAGAAGUGAUUGCUUUAGUUCAGAAAAAGGAAUUAGUCUCGUUUAUUCGGAGAUUUCUUUCCACUAAAUUAUUCACAGUUGAAGUUGGUUGGAG